AUGGCAUUAAACAAGUUCAUGCACCCGCGAAACAGAUACAAGAAUCAACCUCCAGACUUUGCUAAACUGGCCGCGAAAUAUGACAAUUUUGCCCAACACGUGUCUGUCAGUCUAUCAGGGAAAGUGAGCGUCGAUUUCAAGAACCCACAAGCAUUGCGUUCACUCACAUGUACGUUGUUGAAAGAAGAUUUCAAUGUCGAAAUAGAUGUACCACUAGAUAGACUUGUACCCACGCUGCCACUAAGACUAAAUUAUAUUCACUGGGUGGAAGACCUUAUCCGAGAUAAUGGUGCAUACAGAGGUAGCCACAUCCAUGGCAUUGAUAUAGGUACUGGAGCGUCCUGUAUUUACCCAUUGCUGGGUGCCAGAUUGAACGAGUGGCAUAUCACUGCUACAGAGACUGACCCAGUUAAUGUAUUCUAUGCUAAGGAAAAUAUCGAGAAAAAUAACAUGAAUGAUAAAAUAAAAGUGAUAGAAAGCAGUGAAGAUGAUAUUUUUAGUCAAGUAUUUGAAGACAAUGAACGGCAAUGCUAUGAUUUCUCUAUGUGUAAUCCACCAUUUUAUGGAAGCUUAUUAGAAGCACAAGGUUUUUUCUCUCGUAGCGAGAAGAGACCUGAACCUAAAUCAUCGAGUACUGCUGCUGAACCCGAGUGUGUUGUUGAAGGAGGUGAGGUGGAGUUUGUCAGGAAGAUCAUUUUAGACAGUUUGAAAUUCAGAGAAAGGAUUAG